AUGGCCACAACAUUCUCCUCAGCAACGGCGAUUCCGCACAACACACACGCACAUGCUCCCUACCAACACCACGCAUACCGCAAGUCGACACACUCGACACACUCGCAGUACUCGCCCACAAACUCGGGCCUGAACACGCCCGCCAACAUCUCUCCUACCUCCCCGCGCACCACACAUCUGCCCCUCGCCCGCCAUCAGGGCAUCUACCAGCCCAGGACCGCCAUCGGGAUACCCGCUGCGCUGCGCAAGACGGAGAAGCCCAGCAGCAGGUCGCCGCCAAAGGUCGACUCUGGCGUCAGCUCUCCCAACCAAGCAUGGUCGGCGGGAGCAUUUGGGUGGGUCGCAAAUGAGGGCAGCGCGACUCCCGGCUCGCAGAUUGGCAACGAGGACAUGCAGAGCCUCUACAACGCCGAACCACUGUCGCCCGUCGCUGGGCCAAUCACACGCAACCACUGGCAGGCCGAUAGUUCCACUUCGGUGUGCUCCGCAUCAUCCUGCCAAGAGCCCUUUGGCUUCUUCCAACGUCGCCACCAUUGCCGCAAGUGCGGCGGCAUCUUCUGCUGGCAGCACUCGCGCAACAAUGUCCGUCUCGAUGAGCUCGCACGUUUCCAUCCUGAGGGCCAUUGGCACCGUGCCUGCGACCGUUGCCACAGCUCCUUCCGCGAGUGGGAGCACCUUCGGUCCAGCCGCACCAACAGCGAGAGCUCAGACAGUAGCAAUGGGCCGAGUCCAGCCGCAAAAGCCAUCGAGGCUCCUGUUGCGGCGAAGCGCCCUGAGACCACACGCGUUGGCAGCAUAGCUCAGAGCUUCCAGGGCACGUGGAACUGGAGUACCUUCUAAACAACAUCGGCGUCUUCCGCAUCGCCUUCAUAUCUUCAUGACUCCUGGACGGAUGGAUGGUCUUCUGAUCCCGGCGUACCUUCUUUUGAUGAUAUCCGGAGACUGGCCAGCAUUGCCUUUGUGCACUGGUUCACUCCACCUUUUUCCUUGGCUUCUUCUACGAAGCAUUAUCCGGCAUAAACCAAACUGCAUAUCAUCGGCGUUGUCGUGCUUUUCAACCAUGGGACCUUUCCAACGAUAGGUGGUGUUUGUCCUUCUCUUGCGAUUCAGCGUUUUCCUUCACCUCCUACACCAUAGAGAACAGUCUUCUCUUUUUCUCUCCCUUUGUGGAGACGUCAUAACGGCCGAUGAGAUAUCCGACUAAUGCUAGUCAAUGAGGAUGCGAGAUGGAUGGAGGCUUUUUGAUUGGGAACAUCUGGCGUAUUUUGUGUUGCGGGUGGUCAUGUAGCUGUAUGUUGUGAUGAAUCUAUACUGGUAUAUUCCGAUU